CAUUCAUGAAUACUGUGCAGUUCAUAACAAACAUUCCUAAAUCUACUCAUUGUUAUUUACAUGUGAUAACAUAAGGUGAUAACAAUCAGAAGUAAAUAACACUCGGUCAGCAUAACAUUUGUGGUUUCGUACCGGCUUCAUUAUGCCUUGUAAAAUUUAUUUACGACAUGACCAGUCCAUUCUUCAACGACAACGUUUCUCCUCCGAGAAAGUCACUAUUUUUGCACCUUCCUGGGUACAGAGUGCCUUGAAUUUUCUGGGAGAACGAUUGAAUGGAACAAAAUUCGAGUUAUUUGAAAAUGGAAAAUCGUCAAAUCCUUUGGAGUCAUUUACGAUAACUAAAGAUUUUAACAACCAAAGCUUGACCAUAUUACAAAGGAUAGCGCGCAACGAGAGCCAUAAUGUGUCUGGGGUCAUAAAUACAACAUUAUAUCCCGAUAUUGCUGACCGAGGAAUACUUUACUCCAUUCGUGACAUAGUCAGACAAUGUGUUAUUGUGGGAGUGGAUCAAUGCUCUUUUUACGGAGGUUACAGAUGCAAUAGAAACUCGCAACCGAAGCAACGAGUCUAUGUCUGUGAUCUGGCUGCCUUACAAUUUCAACAGGCAUACAACUCCGGGCGACUUGUGUUGAUUCAGGAAGGUGAGCAACAUUCAGGUGUUUUGGAUGAUUUGGUGUAUGAAAAAGUUGUCGGAGAAAAGAAGCGGUCAUUUAGUGAGGUACAGCAGUCAUGGGGUGAGCACGACAAUGAGAGUGAUAAAUUGAAAAAACGAUACAUACGCCACGAUGGAUAUGGAUUGCCCGGACGAGGGUCGUGCUUCUUCGAUACCAAAGCGUAUGCCUCAUUUGUGAAGCAUGACGUUAUCUUAUAUGGAUUGGCUCUGCAAAAAAUGGUGAGCGUUCAUCAUCCCAAAGACAAGAUUCACUUCAAAUUUCUCAAGUAUGGCACUGGGUUCUUUGCGUGGAAAUUUGCACAAAUUUUGGAUGAACUAAUACUGCCUGCAGUGCUGGACGGACUCGAAGAAUUACUAGGGAAGCCAGAAAUGUCAGCGAUUAAGAAAAUUGAGUUGCCUUUUUAUGAAUGCAGGCCGUGUGAUGCUAAGCGUCUGGAAAAUUUCCAAUCAAAGUUUGCGAUCGAAGUCAUCUUCAGUGCGAAUGAUGCCUUGAAGCAAUCUUUCAGCAAAGAAGGAUUGAUUGUCUCAACCACUAAUUGUGGAGACAGUCAUGCCGUUUGUGGCAACGAAAUGCAAUUUGGUAGUGUGGAUGCUGCCGUUGCGGAGAAUUUGGAAAGCAAAGGAAAUAUUUUCUGCCCCAACAUAAACUUGUCGAUUACUGAACAAUAUAUUAGUUUUUAGCGCAUAUUGUUAUCUUGAUGGAAGCGGCUACCUGAAAGCCUGAAUAAAAUAUACUUUUCUAUUGCA